AUGGCAACGUGCACUGUGGACAUGAUACUCUACAACGCCAAUGUUGACAUGUUCUUGCAAUAUGUCCAAGGCUUUUCAUUUGAUUUCUGUGGCCACAUGCAUUUGUCCAAUCAAGCUCGCAGCUUCAAUUUGAAUGUCUUCAAUACAGCAGUGGCAGAAUACAUGGUUCUCUAUGUCAUGAGAGUUGUUUGCAUUGUGAUGGUAAUCAUCUUCGGGCUCAUCGAGAUCCAACGGAUGUGGGACCUUGGUUUUAUUGCAGCAAUGCAGCAGAACGGAGCAGUCACGGACAUGAUUUCCAUCACGACUUCGUUUGGCGUGUUGCUCUCUUACUGGAUCAUUGAGCAAAUGCCACCCUUCAAGGACUUCAAGUUUGAGGCCUUGCAGAAUGUGAACUCCAGAGCAGAUACGUACGUUUCCCUGUGCGAUGUGGCCAGAAGUUUGCAGAUUCAGGGACUUUUCAUUGCGUUGAACUUGCUGGUGGUGAGCCUACGAACAGUCAGUCUAGUCUCCGGACUGCACAGCAAUCUCGGCCUGAUUCUCAAAGUUCUCGGUGUAUCUGCGCCCAAUUUCGCAGCCUUCAUGGUGCUGUUUGGAAUGCUUCUAAUCGGCUUCGUUCUGACCAGCUUUUUCGCUUUUGGGCCUGGAUAUUCAGGAAUGAGCAAUAUUGGGCUUUGCAUCUACCAGAGCUUUUCGAUGCUCAGUGGCAACAUGGUCUUUGACGAUAUAUACCGUGUGGACAACAUUCUGGCUCCAAUCUACUUCUUUCUGUUUUACAUUUUGUUCUACCUCGUCCUGAUCAACGUUUUUGUGACACUUCUCAUGAGUGGGUAUGAUGCAGUUGACUAUGAACUUCAAAAGAAGGGUGACACGGACUCGGAAAAGAAUCCAUUAGUCCUGAUUUUGGAAGAGCUGAAGGCUGACGUGGUUGGAACCAUCCUAAGAUAUGGUAGCACUGCAAUCAAGUAUGCACGCUUUUGUUUGGAUCCCAUUGUGGUGUCCGUCAAAGCUACCUUUGCUUGCUGCCGUGCCCCUUCCUUCCUGACCAACCCCUUGAAAAGACUGCAAAGUCUGCGAAGCACCACCAUUGCUGAAAGCGGCAUGUUGCCCACCGCAGAUGUAGAUCAUGUGGAUGUAAGCAAGAAUCGGCAGAAUCUUGUAGCAUUUGUUAUGAUGCUUUUGUUCCUGGCAGUUUGGAUAACCCUCGUGACAGUACAAGGGCGUGGUUUAGACUCUUACCUGACUGGGCAAGCCACUCUAGCAAAUAGUGUGCUCGACAUCAUGUUCAAAUCAGAUGACGACAUGAAGGCCUUUCACCAAAUCAACACAUUCACAGACGUCAAGAGUUGGGCAGAUACUGCCAUAGUUGGACUGUACGACAGUCCGGUCUGUGCAGAAAGUGGUGCCAGCCAGUGGACAAGCAGUGCCGGCUGCAGCAGCAUAAGCAAUUCGCAGCAGCUGUUGAAUCGCAUUGCCAACUGGAACAUUGGCUUCCUGAACACCACCUUUGUGCGCCUUACAAUUCAGCCAGCCUGCUUUGUGGCCACAGAGGAAAGGUGGGCAUCGGGUUCACCAACUCUGAGAAAAACUCCAGAUGUGGAUUGUUGGAACUCUGUCUGUACCAAAGUCCUGUCCACGGAGCCAUGCAGAACAGCAGAUGGUGAGAUUCUGAACGCACAAAGCCUAGCAAAUGCCAUCAACUCAUCACUUCUACCAGACACAGUCAGCUUUGGAUAUGAAGCUCCAGGAAACCAUUUGGGGUCUUUCCGGAUGCUUGGAGGUCUUGCGUUUAGCUUGGGAGUCAAGAAGGAGCAGUGCCAAGAUAUGCUGGCGCUAUUAGAGGACAACAGAUGGUUUACAAAGAAUUCAGCCUCCAUGGUAUUUGACUGGUUGACAUACAAUGGGAACAUGGACUUUUUUACUCACAAUGUUGUGGCCUUCAGUCUCUUGGAGACCGGCAUUCUGCAUAAAUCCAGCGAAUCAAGAACUUUCCCUAUGAACGUUGAGGCUGGUGGCGGCUACUUUAGUCUUCAGAUAGUGGUUCUGGUUCUGUUUGGGCUCUAUGCGCUCUUGCUCUUGUACCACAUCAUUGACCUGUGCUGGCAGAUGCGGUGCAUGCACUUGAAGGCCCGUCGAAUACACCGCCCAUUCAAGGCUUUCUUAUCUUUCCUGAAAGACUUCUUCACUGAACCAUGGAACUUGGUGGAGCUGGUAUCGCUCAUCAUUUCCCUGGGAACACUUGUUUCGUUUCUCGUCCUGAUGCUGAAUGGAUUCAGGUCCCAGUAUAGAUUCAGCACAGGAAACUCCGCGGGCUAUGUGGUGCCGAACAUUGAUGUUAGGUACUACAAGAUGAAACCGGUUGUCGAUCCUGAGCGAUACUUGGAAGAUGAUUGGUUUGUCUUCAACCAGUUCGAACAGGUUGCAGUUCUUCGUGAAGUCUUCUUAGAGUUGGCAGCUUUGAACAGCUUGUGGGCUGGCAUCAAGGCCAUCAAAACUAUGAGCAACUUCAGUAUGAUGAGCACCUUCAGCAAUACCUUGGCACAUGGCAAAAGCAGAAACUUGUACUUCAUCAUUGUCAUCAACCUGCAAAUGCUAGGAUUUGCUUUGGCCAUGACAGUGAUUUUCGGGACGAUGGUAGAGGACUUCAGCAGUCCUUUGUCAACCAUGGGAACGCUGCUAUACUGGGUUUGCGGCGAAUCGCACUUGGGACCCUUGAUAUCCGUGAGCCCUUUCUUUGCUGUUCUCUUUUUUGUCGCCUUCACAGUUGUCUUCCGAUUUAUCAGCACCAACAUGUUCUUAGCUACGCAGUUGAACACCUUUGCAGCUUUGGUUGGAGAGUGUGACAUCCAAGUGGCCAAGAAGGAGGCGGAGGCCAAGAUGGGCAUGAAGCAGGUGAAGUAUCGUAAUCGAAAGGAGCUGCAAAAUGAGCUUGAGCUGGAGCUAAAGAUAGAUCAGGUGAGGGUCAAAAAGAUUCUAAGACCAGGGAAAACCACGAAGGCAAAUGUCAAACCUGGAGAUUUAGUGUCUAGGGUGAACAAAGAGAAGGUCGAAUGGCAAUCCACUCUUGCUAUUGAGGAGUAUGAACAUGUAGAGCGUGCCCUAAUGCCAGAGGCCGAUGGAUCUAUUACUAUCAUGUUCCAGGAUCCUCCGAGGAAGACUAUGCUCGCUAAAAUGAAGAAGCGCAUAUUUUCCAUUUGCAACAGGUGCUGCGGCUGUCUCUCAAAGGGGCAAAAGGUGAAACCUGCGCAGAAAAUGUCCGAGGAGCUUCAUGCAAGGCCUCACUUGAGACCAACAGUGCGCAAUUUCUGGAGAUUUCACGGUGCAAUCGCAGAGGUGGAGAAGGAGACGCAGCUUUACAGUCAAGAGAGCGAUGUUGAAGGCAUUGAUGUGGACCUGACCCCCGAGGUAGGAGUUCAACCAUCAGCGAGAGCCAGCGAGAGCCAACGCACGUUUUCGCGCAGAUCUUCACGCUAUUUUACACGCAGCGAGUCAUACAAUGAGAGUGAUUCAUAUGAUUUACGCACCAAGGUGCGGAGACGGCUUCACAAAUAUCUCUUUGCAAGGCCAGGAAACUUCUCAGAGACAGAGAUAGAUUUGGUCUCCGACAGGCAACUUUGCGCUGAGGAAAUCUUGCAGGAGGGCUGGGAUGUGGAUGAACUCACAGAAGUACUCCAGCAGAUGCCGGUGACAGGGCGUGAAGUGUGGCUGGACUGUUUACUCCUUGCACUGGAAGAACGGUAUGAGGACUCGGAGUCUUCAAUUGUUGAAGUCCUCCGCACAAGUGGCUUGAAGGAUGCCUCCGAAAAGAUGCUGAAAGGUAGACUGAAAGGUCACACUCGAGACAAAUUGCUGAAAUUUUAUGAGCGCUUGGACAAGGUUCUCCAAAUCCUGGAGAAUAAAGCAAGCACACACUACUUUCAGUAUUUGGAGCGUGAGAGUGAGCAGCGCCAGGAUUUGAUUGAGAAGCAGAACGAAGUUCUCCACGACUAUGUGUGCGAGCUGGAGCAUGAGUUCUGUGAACUCAGUGGUGCCAUAAGCAGCUACCAAACCAAGAAGGAUAUGAUGCUUGCAAAAUUUUCAGGUGUUCUAGAUCCUGAGUACUCGCAGCUUGAACAGACAAGCAAACACAGUUGA